CUCUCCCAGCAGGCCUUGCGGCGUCCUUUUCCGAUCCAGAUUUCAACAUGGGUCGCGUUCGUACGAAGACGAUCAAAAAGGCGGCGCGGGUGAUCAUCGAAAAAUACUACACCAGGCUUACGCUCGACUUUCACACAAAUAAGCGGAUAUGUGAGGAGAUAGCCAUUAUUCCCAGCAAGAAGCUGAGGAACAAGGUUGCAGGGUUUGUGACCCACCUGAUGAAGCGUAUCCAGCGAGGACCAGUCCGUGGUAUCUCCAUCAAGCUGCAGGAGGAGGAGAGGGAGAGGAGAGACAACUACGUUCCUGAGGUGU